GACUGUCCUCGCCUGGUUCACUUAAGAAGCCGGGGAAGUUUGAUUUCAACACCCUGACUUCUCAGACGAGGUCCCCCCGCAUGGCGUUCACACACCACCCGCUGCCUGUGCUGGCGGGAGUGAGACCAGGGAGUCCCCGCGCCCCAGCUUCAGCCCUGCACUUCCCUUCCUCCUCUAUCAUCCAGCAGUCCAGCCCGUACUUCACCCACCCCACCAUACGCUACCAUCACCAGGACCCACUAAAGGACUUUGUGCAGUUUGUGUGCACCGACGGCACAGGACAGCCCAGUGCGCAGCCUAAUGGAGGUGGCCAGAGCAAAAUGCCGGGCUCCUUCCUGCUGCCCCCGCCACCCCCGGUGGCACGCCCUGUGCCCCUCCCUAUGCCCGACUCUAAAACCAUCAGCACGCCCACUGACGGCGGACUCAGCUCACCCGCAUCUCCGUCAUACUCCACGCCAGGCUCCACAGCUCCCAACCGGUUUGUCGGCAUCGGAACACGGGACAACUUUCUGAAUAUCCCCCAGCAGACUCAGUCCUGGUUCCUCUGACAAGGCCUCUCUGAAUCAACAACUCAAUGUGUGUCAUGAAAAUUGGAAAUUUGAAAAACAAACACGUCGCCGCUGAUAAAGAACAAACUGCUGACACUAAAAGGUCCUUCUCGCCAAACACUAUUGAACGUACUACUACAGAACCUGAAACCCACCCACCACAGCGCCCUCAGCAGGACUCCCACUCCAACUCGAUUCGAAUAGGAACGUUUGUCCCCCUUCGUGCAGGAGGCUUCRGUGAGAUUGAGAGGACAGACUCGGAGCACAGGGAGGAGGAAGAGGAGGAUGAUGAUGAACUGUCUCGCAAACACUUUGAAAAUGUCAGAAAGAGAACACGAUGUAGAAUCCUGACAAAUGACCAAUUAAGCAUUUGUUUUUUUUUCUUCCUUUUAUAUACACAUAUACAUAUAUUUAAAUAUAUAUAUAUUUUUUUUCAUUUUGUUGUCUCCACUAUGAAACUCCAUGCAUUGGCCAGGAGAUCCAAACAAACAAAAACAAGUCGUGGUUAAGGGUGGAGUCAGAUGUGCAGGUUGAAAAGCUUGCACGCAUUCAUCAGUGUGUGUGUGUGUUUUUUUUUUCCUGCACAUCUGUCCUCCAGGAUCGCCUGACACCCCCCCUCCCCACUCAUCCCACCCCACUUGGAGCUCAGCGCCGCUCAGGGUCAAAACCGGAACCCCAGCUGCGUGGUCGGCGCCGCUCCGUUCGCUCAGCCCCUCCAAGCCUCUUCCAUUUCCAAAUUGGCCAACGGUGGUGACACCAUGCGAUGGUGUGACACACGUGCACUAAGUGUCUGGUCUUUGUUUACCUGUAGAGGAAUCAGGGAGGUCCUGCGGCUCGUGGGAGGAGCGGGAGCCGUGAGGCGAGCGCGAGACAGCGAACCCACGGCAGUCAGUCAUAACACUAACUCUGCGUGUGCCCCUUCGUCCCCUCACCUAUGCACUAUGAAUUUUGAAACUAGGGAUGAAAAGCGUUGCACAUCAGUGGUCAGACGGGCGAACGGAGAGGCGAGCUGAGGUCGGCUGCCUCUGCAGAGACGACGCUGUGGUUUCUUUCAGGUUAUGGCCCUGAAAUAUGCAACAACAACACACACACACACACACAGUUUCAGACAACUCUAGAACAAUCUCACACACAACCUUGAAUAAUGCACACACAGCAUCAGCUUCAGAUUGUUAGCUUUGAUUUUUGUUUCUUGAGAUUGCUUCUUUUUUUUUCCGACUUGGUUUUGGGUUUGCAUUACCUGGAUUGUUUUAAACUUCUCUUGCAUGUCAUAACAUCAUUUUUCUGUUGUUUACAGUGAUUCAUUAAGCUCGGCGCUCAUAGUUCAGUUGCACAGUAGCAGCAGUUUCUCAAAUCUCUCACAAAUGGACAGCACAGUAACAACAGCUCGUCACACACAUCCCUUGCAUUGCUUCACGCUGUGUCCCGUAGUCAGAUCAUACGACGAUCCAGAGGAGCGCACACACACACGCACACACACACACACACAGACACACACACACACACACACACACACACACACACACACACACACACACACAGACACACACACACACACACACACACAUAAAAAGCACACUAAUACAACCCAUGCAGAAUAAAUAAGGGAAGCCUUUAUAUUCGGUUCUCCAAUCCGCCUUUGUUAAUGGUUUUUCAUUCAUUUAAGAGUUGUCUUUUUAAUUUGAAAUAUAUUUUGUGUAAAUGUUCGCAGUAAAAAUAUAUUUUUUUUCAUCAUGACACAAUUCAAUGAAAAAAAAACUGACCUCACAAAAUAACUGGACUGCCUGGCUGUUGGUUCUGUUUUGCAGGGAUAGUCAAAUCGGGCUGARAUUCCCCUCUCAGCCCCUCUUGGUGCAUUUAUUUUAUGUACAUCGAGAACAAUAUAUGGAAGUGCCUCUGUAUUCUACGACAGCAUUCUAGCAUCACUCAAAAGAAAAGGCUAAAAAAUUGAGCAGGAAGUUUUGAUUUCUGUCUUAGAGUUUCAAGAUUAAAGUCAAAGUGGAUAAAGUUAAAAUAGUGUUUUGAAAGUGAGCGGAACAAACCGAACCGCUUUGUUCUCCCAAAACAAACCGUAUUUAAUAUUUUUAAUGUUAUUUGAUAAACUACAAACUAACAACACAACUUUUUCUUGAACCAGUUCGAUAAACAGUUCAUCAUAUCCAAAGCAUCAAACUUCCUUUCAGUCCUUCACAAUAAGAGUCUCGAACAUAUACUGAGUGUUGCCCUUCAAGAUCACUUAACACAGGACUUACCAAUAAUGUUUACUUUAAAAAAUGUUCUCAAAUCAUCCAAAUUUUUUAAAAAUUGCUUAUUUAUUACUGCUCUCUGGUAAAACUCACAUUCCAGCCUAAAUCCCUGGAAAUUCUGAGAAGCUAUUUACUGACAAUUUAUAACUCCAGACGUGAAUUACAGUGUGUGUGCCAGAAUAACAUUUUUAUUAUUAAAACCUGCAAAGUCUCUGGGAAAAAAAAACAUUUGGUUGUGAUUGGUCUUCCUCUUUUAGUCUCAAAUGAAUGUUAUUUUGAUCAUUCUGACUUUAUUCUUGAAAUAAUUAUUUGACGUUUACCUCAACGUUUUGACUUUAAUGUUGACGUUUCGACUGAAAUUUUCAGCCUGGUCAUUUUUUUUUCACCUGAGUGACCCUUAUAUGUUGUCACUUCAUGCAAUUAGUCAGAAACUUCAGGUUUUGGUCCCGUGUAGAAGCUGAAGCUUCAGUGGGGGUGUUAGUGCUGGUGCACGUGACAACCAUUGGCCCAGGACAGACCUGUAUAGAGGACUGCAACCUUUUUUUUUGUAAAAACAGAGAAAUAUAUAUAUUUAUGAUAUAUAUGCUCCUUUUUAACUUGUACUACCCCAGCUUGUUGACAGUCCAGUUAUUUUCUGAACUCUCACCCCCCCACACACACACCCACAGCCCGUUUCAGUAACAUACUCCUUACUGUUACAAAUCAGACGACACACGCCACCUGCAGCAUUAUAAUACUUAGAUGAUCAUGUCAAAAAAUGAAACUAAUCGACAGUAGGUUUGAAGCAAAGUGUUUGUCUUUUGAUGGAAAGUAUUAUUAUUGAAAACUAUGUGUCGAUUGAGCCACGUGCAAUGCAUUGGGUAGAUCAUUGUGUUUGUCUGUUAGAGAUUUUUAAGAAAGCUAAGAGAAAAGUGAAAAAAAAUUGUAUUUGUUUCAAGUCCGUAAGCUCCGGGACUCUAAACUAGAGGGCCAUGAAAAAAAAAAA